GCAGCAGCCAGCCGCAACCCGCAGCCAUGGGCCCCGCCUCCAGUCUCGCGCUGCUCGCCGCCUUCGCCGUUACGUGGGGCGCCGCCCUAGCAGCAGAUUGCUCCGUGGGCGUGGACACCGCCUCGAUGCCAUCGCCACAGCCGGUGCUCCUGUCGUCCGGAAACGCGCAAGACUUCUCCAGCUUCCUGCUCCCCAACGGUACGGGCAGCCUGACGGUCGGGCAGGGGCUGCAAGUCAUCGUCGCCUGUCCCGGCUCCAGUUUCCUCCUGCUGGAUAACGCUGGCGACCACGUGACUGCCGAGUGCUUGACCGACACCAGGUUCUCCGUCAACUCCGUGGAGUACACCCUCAACGCGCUGGCGUGUGCCGAGGCUAUCACGCCCACGGCGCGCUACACCAGCACCUCGUGCGGCGCCUUCGGACACUUCUCCAUCGUCGAGGUGGGUUUCGCUGUGGGCACCGAGUUCUACCGCCUGUACGACGUUUGCUUCUCCAACAAGACCUUGACCACUUUCUACACUCAUCACACCAUCCCCUCCACCAUCGCCGGGGCUCAGGUGACUGAUCUCUCGUCGGCCAACUGGACCGACAGCGGCUUCUACGGGGAUGUGGACAUCGGAGCUGCGUACUCGGAACAGAACUUGACCAUUGGCGACCUACUUAACACAACCGUUGACGACUACUUCGCCGAGGGUCGGCUGGAGAGAGGCGCCCUCGCCCCAGCGACAGACUUCAUGUUGGAAGCGCAUCAAGUGGCCACCUUCUUCGGCGUUAAUUCGGCUCCGCGCUGGACGCAGCUGGACGAGGGCAACUGGGCGACGCUCGAGGACAGCCUGCGCAACGUAACGGCGACACAAAACAGGGACCUGGAGGUGUACACCGGUGCCUUAGGCGUUCUUACGCUCAACAACAGCGACGGCGUGUCUACGGCGCUCUACCUGUCGGGGGCUAGCGGUAGCAAGAAGACCCUCCCGGUGCCCAGGUACUUCUGGAAGAUGGCCUACGAUCCACAGAGCCGCCUGUGCGCUGUCUUUAUCACUGUCAACAACCCGUUUGCCAACCAACAGGAGCUCGAAACGCGCUACCGCCUGUGUACAGACAUAUGUGAUAAGGUCAACUGGCUGACGUGGGACCAGUCCAAUCAGACCGCAGGGCUGUCGUACUGCUGCUCCUACGACGAUUUCAGGCGAGUUGUUCCGGGAGUGCCGGAACUUGACGUGAAAGGCUACGCGGUAAUUUCUUCCGGAGCUUCUGCAUUAGCGAUGUCACUCACUGCAACAUUAAUUGCAACUGUGACCUUAGUGAGUAGUUUCGGUGGAGUCUGAGAUUCCGUUUAGUUACAGAAACGUAAGUCAUCUCUGAAAAAUACUUCACAGAAACCGUGACGUCUAUAUUCCAUUAUCACAAAGGAAUGUGACUAUAAGAGGUACGGUUGUGGACAGUAGGAAACUUUCACCUCUCUUUCUCGUUCCUGUGACAUACGACUGUGGUUUUACAAAAGAUACUUUACUGCACAAUAUUGGUACAAAAAUAAAUGAAGGAGUCAUCGUUCUG